AUGCCAGAAUACUGUGUAACUGGAGGAACAGGUUUCAUAGCUGCCUACUUAGUCAAGGCUUUGCUUGAGAAGGGUCAUCUUGUCCGGACCACGGUGCGAGAUCCAGAGGAUGUGGGGAAGGUUGGCUUUCUGUGGGAAUUGAAUGGAGCCAAGGAAAGGCUGAAGAUGUUCAGAGCUGAUUUAAUGGAGGAAGGAAGCUUUGACGAGGCUAUUCAAGGGGUUGAUGGGGUUUUCCACACUGCAUCACCUGUGCUUGUUCCAUAUGACGACAACGUUCAGGCAACUCUGAUUGAUCCAUGUAUAAAGGGCACCUUGAAUGUGCUGACUUCCUGCUCAAAAGCACGAGUGAAACGGGUUGUGCUCACCUCUUCUUGCUCUUCGAUAAGAUAUCGUUACGAUGCCGUACAAGUCUCUCCGCUCAAUGAAUCACAUUGGAGCGACCCUGAAUACUGCAAGAACUACAAUCUUUGGUAUGCUUAUGCAAAGACAAUAGCUGAGAAAGAAGCAUGGAGAGUGGCCAAGGAGAGCGGAAUGGAUCUAGUGGUGGUAAAUCCCUCAUUUGUGGUCGGUCCUCUGCUAGCACCACAACCAACCAGCACACUGCUUAUGAUACUGGCUGUAACAAAAGGUGCAAGAGGUGAGUAUCCAAAUACAACAGUAGGGUUUGUGCACAUAGAUGAUGUGGUAUCUGCACACAUCUUAGCCAUGGAGGAGAGCGAAGCAUCAGGCAGGCUUAUAUGCUCAAGCUCUGUGGCACACUGGUCGCAGAUCAUUCAGAUGCUGAGGGCCAAAUAUCCAUCCUAUUCAUAUGAAAGCAAGUGUAGCAGCCAGAAAGGAGACAAUAACCCCCACAGCAUGGAUACCAGUAAAAUAGCUCAACUGGGGUUUCCUCCUUUCAAAACGCUUGAAAAGAUGUUUGAUGACUGCAUCACAAGUUUCCAAGAGAAAGGAUUUCUAUGA